GCCAGUCAGACAAUUACAAUUAAUAGACAGGAAAUGAAUGAAUGAAUGUUGCAGGACUUCAUUUCUUCAUUUAAUCUGCCUCCAUCUAACGAGGUAAGAGUCUGUUCACAGCCGCACUGAGCUCCACCUUGAUGUUUUUCUUUUUUAUUCACAGUGAACUAAAAAUGGCAAACGGUAACGGGUACAGCCUGAACCCCUUCGACAACGACGACAGCAGCAUGGAGGACUCGGUGGAGUACAAACUCAUGAUGGCCUACGCCAAGAGGAGAAGGCCCAAGAAGGACGACGAGUCUCCGGUACAGACUGUAAAAAACGGAGGCUCGCACCCAAAGGGACCGUCCUCGCCUCAGACGCCGGCAGAGGACAGCGAGAAGACGACGCCGAAGAAGAAGAAGAAGACGGGGUGGAAACGUCUGUUCAAAUGCAUCAAACCUCAGACGGAAGAAGAAGAGCCGGGUCCAUCUGACCUGGACAGAAGUGCCUGUGCUGUAGAAAUCCCUGGUCUUCCAGAAGAAGAAGAAGAAGAGGAGGACGGAAAGUUGGAAGAGGUCGCAGGUCGACUGACAGCGAUCGCUAAAGAAAUCCCGUUCACUGCUCAAGAAGUCCCGUCCACUCCUACAGAACUCCAGACAGACUCGCCAGAAGAUGACGAUGAGGUGGAGAGAAUGAUCGGCCUGCUGUUGAGAGAGGCUGGAGACAAACUGAACGCCGAGGAGCUGAAAGAUGCCGACAUAUCUGCAGCUCUGUUCGGGAAAUACGAUUUCUUUGAGAGGUUAAUAACGGCCCUCUUGGAGAGGAUGGGCCUCGUGACCGCCACGCCCGGCGCUCUGGGGCCGCAAGCGUCACCCAAAACCCAGAUCGCCGUGACCUGCGAGGUCACCAGUCGUCUGUCAGCCGUGCACACGCUGCCCAUGAGCCGAAUGCUCGACCACGGCGCCAGAUAUCUGCAGAAGUAUUACUCAACCUGGGCGCAGGAGCAAGGCGGAUACGAGGAAGCUUUCCACGACGACGACGAUGACGUCCAGUGAAAUUAAAGGAAGGUUUUCUAAUCGGACAGCGCCCCCUGCAGCGAAUCCUUCCACUCUGUGACUAACCCAAACACUCCUUCAGCUUUUGACUUGAAGUGGAGAGCUCAGGCCUCCCACCGUUACCAGCAAUACAUCGAAUAAGACUCAGGGCUCCGUUCAGUUUACAGGCACAUAAACAACAAAACAGACCUGACGAGCAUUAAAAUAUCUGUGUGCAUUAGAAAAAUAUUAAAGAAUGUUUUUCUCUCUGUAAUUAAUAAACUGUUCAGGUCGUUUUGACGUGUCAAAGUUUUAAAAAGGACAUUAAACCAAAAAAUAAACUUUAUUUUGAUACUAACUACAGGUAUGAUUGUUAUUGUGAUCAACUGUUGACAGUAUAUAUAUAUUUUAUCUCAUUAAAUUUUUUUAUUUUUUCAGCACUUGCACUUUAAAAACAAAACAAAAAAACAAUAAUACUUUGAGCUGAGAGUUAGGACGUGCCAAGUUGCUUACCUGUGAUUGUUUCUGAUGUUAUUACUUUGUUUUUUUAACGUUUAUCAAUGUGUUGACUGUAAUUUUGCAUCUCUGUGUUCAAUGUAUGUUUAAAAUGACAAUAAAUAAUUUAUAUUAUUAAA